UCCAAGUAAAUAUCGCAAAUCAUAUUCCUAAACGCCUAUUGAAUUUUUACUUUUGUGAAUGUUAAUACAUAAUUGUUUGCUACGCAUGCAGCCUUCUUUGGAAAUUCCAAGUCAAGUCAAAGAACAUUGCACGAUGAUAAGCUUGGAAUGUGGGAAAGCUCUCAAGGAAUUAUCGUCUUCAAUCAGAAUGAUGAUCCGAGCAGAAACUACUCUUCUCCACAUUGGAAACUCAAAAAUUGCUGCUGAAAAUCUAAAAUCCCUUUUUAUAUCAGGCCUGUGGAAAGAAGCAGACCCGUUAGAGAGAGCACCAGCCACUGCUGUUGCUUCCCUUCUGUUGGAGGUUAUUGAGUGCACUGAAAGAAUUUCCAAUGCGGUACAAGAAUUAGCCUCUUUGGCAGGUUUCCAGAAUAUGGAAUCUUCACGGUCACUAGAACAACAGCAAGAAUCAAACCAGCGAAUACAUAGCAUCAACUUACAAAACCAUGAAAUUACAAUUGGUGAAUGAUCAAGAACUAUAAUUAAGAAUUGAAUGGCUGCACCAUGAAAUUAUUGUGGAAUCUGAUUCUACUGUUACUUCCUUUUGGAUUCGCUCACCAAAAUCUGUUCCUUGGCGUCUUAUUCACCGCUCCAAUUCCAUUGCCUUCAAUUCGAAGCUAUUCAAGGCCUUCAUGAUCAAUAAUAUUCCCCGAUAGGAUAACUGGGUUGCAGAUUCGUUGGUUAAGCAAGGUCUUGGUUGGUCUGAUGAAUUUGUGGCGUGGUUAUAGUGUAUUUUUGGAGAUUACUGCUGUUUGGGUUUAGUUGCUAUCAAAAGUACAUCUUUGUGCUGGUUAGUUUUUCCUUUCAUGCUUGGGCUGUGUAUGUUUGCUGCUGUAUGACAUUAUUGUGUGAUGUUACUUAAGUUGGUUUUGUUUUCCUCUUUUACCUUGAUA